AUGUCUGAAACACUACAUUUUGGUGAUGGUGUUACUGGAGAGAACAGAAAGCAAAAGCGCAAGAUGGAGGAAAGAUUAGGUGUUGAUUCACAUCUGUCGUUGUCUUUGAGUAUAAGAGCUGAAAGAGGAGGGGAAUCUUCAUCCAAAUCCCUUAAGAUCCAUGAGGAGCAGAGAAAAUACCCAUGUAAGUUUUGCAAUAAGAUGUUUUCAAAUCCUCAAGCCUUGGGAGGACACCAAAACGCCCAUAGGCGUGAAAGGGUGCUUUUAAGAAUGGACAGAGAAAUUCAAAUGGGAACUUUUGGACUUGGUCCUCAUUUGUGUCCAUGCUCAAAUCCUCGUUAUCAUCAUCAAUAUCCCCUUACUGCUGCAGGGUGGACACCGUUUUAUUAUGGAAUUAGAUGGCCUCAUCUUGUUGCACCUACAAGCUAUGGAAAUCCAUUUGGGAUGAUCAACAACUCUGCUUGGGCUAUUCAAACUGCACUCAACAAUAAUCAGCUGCAAGUUCCUUCAUUUGGUGCUGCUCGUAACAAUUAUUUUCUAUUGGAAAAUAACAAUCUCAAUAUACCAAAUAACCACCAAAUUUGA